CUUCACGAUCUACGAAAAUGUGAAGUAAAUAAAAUGCGUUUUUGAUUAGGUAAGAGUUAUGCAUUUUAAAUUAUUGAUUUUUUAGUGAGCUUCUCAAUCAUCAAAUUUUGAUUUCUUAAAAUUUAGUUGUUUCAGUACAUACUUAAGAAAUACAUGUGAGUGUGGAGCAAAUAUAUUCAAGAAUGUUAACGCAGGUAUUUGUAUUUUGGCAGUCUGGUCUGUCAACCUAAAUUGCUGACCUAUUCUCCUAAUCCUGCGACACAGUGACAACCUGCGAGUCACAAGAAUAUCUUACAUUUUCAAAGAAUAUCAUUGUACUCAGUUUCUUAUCAGCAUAUAAAUCUUCCUAAAUAUGUUACGGACAUAUCUUCGUUUCUUAGUUAAAGUAUGUGUGUGUUUGUGCGAGGUAGCUACAAAUGAGGAGAAAAUUACUCAAUUCUCGUUUACUAAAUUCCAGCGAGAUUAUGCUCCUACGCAUGGUGACUCUAACAUGUCUUCUUAUGUAGAACAUAGAAUCUGCUUAAAGAACUUUAACUUGUACGCAUGAGUUGGUUAACAUGGAGUUUUUGGUGAGUUUAAUGAAAUCAGGAACAUGAUGAAAUAUUAAGCUGCCUUUAGUGAUACUACAGAAUGUAUGCUGCAACUGUUCAGCAAGUGGGACCUACUUACGCGUAUUACACUAGCAAUGCUGUGGCUAACUUGGUUGAUGACAUCAGGCAUCAGGAACUAUGCAGUCUUUCACAUUUCGUUUAUCGAGUACCACCAAGCUCAACAUUUGGAUGAACAGGUUACAUUAGUCUGGUCCUGGUCACAUACGAGAAAACACAAUGCGGCGGAGUUUAUCUCAAAACUCCCAACUUGUCCACGCUCACUCCAAUUUGCCUAAUGAAAUUACAAUGCGACGCAACCGCUGUUAAUAGAAGAUAAUGUAACACACUAACUGCCAUCAUUAUCAUUCCUACUGCUAUGCUCCUUUUAUUCAGCUGGGUAGCAUUUAAACAUAUCAAAGUAAGCUGGGUUUGAGCUUGGGAACAAUAUUCAUGUCUUUUUUGCACAAACACAAGCAAGAAGCCAAUGUUUUGAUUCGUGAUGUGUGUGUACAUUAAAAAAUCCUUUGCAACGUGUUUGUGUUUUAUUUAGUAAAUAGCCCCUAAACCAACCGAUCAGAAUUUGUAACUUUUUUGCAAGCUGCAGUUACGUAAGACCCAAGAUCAGUGUGAACCAAGAAAGGUUUGAGACUUGCUUCGAAAAGUGAGAAUCGUGAAAUUGUGCCGAAAAAGCACAUAUGCUUAAAAUGUACUUGUAGCAAAUGAUAUUACGAUUUGCAUGGUCGAUUCUUAAGAGUAAAUUAUUCCAGCAUGAUGUCCAUUCUGCUGUGGUCGUAUCUCUUCACAAAUAAAGUUGCUGUAUUUUUUUCUAACCUGUUAGCGCUCCCAGUCGCAAUGUUUGCCAAUGACGAACAAUAUUUGUUAAUUGGAAGACAUUUUCCUUAGUCAACAAAUAAUUUAUGGGUGAGGUGGAAGAUUUUAGUGCUGUCCUGUUCUUUGCUUAUCAUAGUGGCUUCAGUCGAGUUCAGCAAACAGCAGCGUGGCCAGACCAUAAAUAAAUUCUGGUUGGAAAUUUGUGACAGUUGACAUUGACAGACACACAGAGAUAGACGGAUACCUUUGUGAAAAUGGGUGUUUUUUUAAUCCUAAAGACUAAAAUUAAUCAAAUUAUUUAAGACUUGUCUGCUUCGAAAAUUUGAAGCCGAUGUCAUCUUGAGUGUGGGCCAUGAUUUCACAACAAAUCAGCAUUUUGGAUAUAAGCACAUUCAACUUUCCCGUGUACCUUUAUCAAGUGGAAAAUGUGGAUGGAUGGAUACGACGAGUGUAAGGUUUGUGCAUAUGUGUGCAGAUAGUGUGUGGGUGGGAGGGGAGUAUAGAUUAUGAGUGAUAAGUUGUACCUAAUAUGACGUCAUUUUGAUAAUAAGGACUGACCAUAUUUUAAUUUAAACUCGUGAAACUUGUGUGAAGGCGUGUAUUCGAGGCGAGAAAUUAUACAAUAAAUUGUAUAAAUGACCUUUCACAACCGCACGAUGACUUCAUUCGAAUUUUGAUGGGCUGCUGCAAGAAUAAAAAUCAUUCAUCGACAUAAAACUCGUCUGCUGGUAAUACUGAUAAUAAUAAUAGCUCCGAUUGAAGCAUGUGUUACAGAAAUAGAUUCCAGAAUAGGCGCCACAGCGUCUCCCAGAGGUCAAAGUGUUAAAUGGAGUAGUUAAUUAUCAUUUCCAAUUACUGGUCUCAUACACACAGAUGUCUAUACCAAACUGGCUUUCUCCAUCUCCUCUAAAGUAGCAGCAACACCAAGAUCAAGUUCAGCCCGACCACAGAAAUUCAGGGCUUCUCUCGUUCAAUGAUAUGGACUUGUGCCCUGCUCCGAAGCCACAAGCGUACGAGAUGCUAUGGUGUGCUAAUAAAUGUGGAAAGUUGAACGGGUCUUCGUCACCACCUACUUCCGGAACGAGCAGCAGUGGCAGCAGCCCCGAUGUGAUUAGUCAACCUUAUCUAAGCUUUGGAGAUUACUCCGUCUUUGCUUCAGAAAUGAAACGUGCUUAUCACGAACCCGAAUCGAAAGGGAGUCAAACGACGAUGGCCCCAGCCUCAAAAAUCCCUCACAAAAACAACGAUCAAAGGUUACCCUCGGCCUCCGAUUUCAUCAACAAAUGCAACGCAGAUAAAUCUUCUUUGGACUGCCAAGUGUUUCUCGGAGGAGCUUGUAACCCCACGACAUGGAGACAGGAUAUUGCCCUUCCCAUGCUGAAAGACAUGGACAUUACAUUCUUUAAUCCGCAAGUAACGAAUUGGGAGCCUCGAUUAAUCGAAUUGGAACAUCAUGCGAAGGAAAAUGCGGAUGUGUUGUUUUACGUAAUUGACAACCAAACACGUGGCAUCGUGGUCAUGAUCGAGGUUGCCUACCUUGUGGCCAAGCAGAGAAACGUCGUUCUGGUGAUCAAUGGCUUUAAAGAACCUGGACAACGCAUCUGCAAUGAACCCCUCUCAAAAAUAGAGUACGAAGACUUAACCUUCAGCCAGAUGGUUCUCCAGGACUUGAUAGAUAUACACGGAACUCCAGUUUUCCAUAAUGAUAUUCCAACUGCUUUGAAUUCUACAGCUAAGAUCAUCAAGGACAAAAUAAGACCACAAGAUUUUAAGUUGUCCGAUUUGGCUCAACCUGUGAAGAAAGGAAUUUUGCACUUAGGAAAUAAAUUAAUAAAUCUCAAAAAGACUUUUGAAAACUUGGAUUCUAAGAGCAGUGGAGAAAUUAGUCUGUCUCACGUUCUCAUGGCAUACCAAAUCCUGGCCAAUGGAGAGUUAACCAAGGACGCAGUUCAUAAUGUUUUGGACAGAUUAAAAAGAACAGAUGACGAUUUAAUUGUCACUCAAACCACGCCGUCAUCAGAAACGAAUGAAACCACAAUUUCAGGGAAGAAAGAAGUGAACGGAGUGAAUAUUAAUACAUUGAAUUUUGAUCAGUUUUGCUGCAUCAUGUCCGAGUUAUUGCUUCAUCAUUACUACAACUCCGCUAGAAGCUUGUCUACUCUUUUGUCUACAAAUAAAACCAACUUCUUUGUUCAAAGUGUUUCAGUCGCUCUAACAAAACUGUUGGAACAUGUGCCACCAAGCAGUAAAACAGGGUGGUUGCCCCUGCUAUCUAAACAAGAAUCCGUAGAUGUUAUUACUCAUUCCACGACAUACGAUGUGUACCUGGGAGGGGAUUGUUCGGAAGAAGAUUGGAGAUCUCUAGCUAUUCCCAUUUUGAGAGAGAACGAUUUGACCUAUUUCAACCCUGAGGUAAAUUGCAGCAAAAACCGACAUAUUCUGGUUGACAAAGCAUCAAUCGACGGGUGUCGAGUUAUUUUGUUCAACAUACCCAGUGCCAGUCGCUCUAUUGAAUUUAUGACGAUGGCUGCGUACUAUUUCGGAAAGGGAUGUCAUGUUGUGCUAUGCGUCGGGUAUUUGCAGGAUGAAUGCCAAAUCAAGGAAGAAAAGCUCACAAAAGUUGCUGUAAAGGACUACAACCGAGGAAGAGCAUACCUCACGGACAUGGCGUGCAAGGAUGGCGUCCCAGUCUUUGACAACAUUACGGAUGCAUUAAACUGUGUUGUAGAAAAGUGCAAAACCCUUAAAACCAGCUCCAACUAGAAAUUAAGGGAAAAUACAAUUAAGAAUUCGACAAAUAGUCUUCGACUUCAAUCAACAGCAAGUGCACUUGCCUGCGUUUUUUAACCGCAACGGAAACGGCAGUGCUUAAGGGAUUUACCGCCUAAUUUUCAUUCAGAUGAUGAAUCCGUAUUGCUGUGCUAUAACAGUUAUUGUACUCACUCUGUAAAAAAAUUGAGCCAUUCCCAUACCUUGUAGAAUGCAUAUUUAUGUAUGUAUGUACGUACACAAGUAACAUGAAUGUCAUUUUUGUUGAUCUUGAUUUUUCAAUAGAUUUGUCACAUAAAUAACUUGACUAAUAAUCGUAUUGUGCCAGAUUUUUGUAUACUGCUGGCAUACAAUGGCAAUAUUUCAUAUAAAGACUUUCAUAACAACGUUUGUACAUAUUUAAUUAUUUAAUUGUUUUCGUAGUAGCUGUAUUCUCAAACCUGCGUACCUAUAAGGUUCAUGUAUGUUAUAUAAUUAUUAUUGAGACAUCACAUAAAAGAAGCUGCCAUGUUGGCUGCCCUCAGCACAUAAAAAAUGUUUAUUUUUAAAUAGUUGAUAUCUCGUAUACAUUUAUAAGCUCGUUUUUUACUGAUGAAAAUAAAACCAAUACGUUUUUGACUGUAAA